ACUAGCGAAGCGUGUCAGUAGCUAAUCCGCGACUUUUUUUUUUUACGUUUUAUUUUCUCCAAAUCAGAGACCUCUCUCUCUCUCUCUCUCUCUCUCUCUCUGAUGGCAGGUUCUUUGGUUCAUCUCAGUCGCACGCCAGACCAUCCACCUUAUGCAGAGAUGAUCUCGGCUGCGAUCAGGUCCCUGAGGGAAGAAUGCGGAUCUAGCGAGUCGUCCAUCUCAACAUACAUCAAAUCGAACCACCAAGAUCUGCCUGUGGCCCACUCCAACCUCCUCUCCUACCAUCUCUCCAAACUUAUCCGACUCGGUGAAAUCGCCCAGCCCACCCCCAAUUCCUACUCCGUCCCUACCCACCCAAAUCCCCAAAACCCUAACCCUAACCCUAACCCUAACCCUAACCCUAAUCCCUCCCUCCCACCUCGCCGUGAACGCCCUCCCCCUAAAAACCCUACACCUAGUCCCUCUCAUCAACCUCGUCGUGGUCGCCCUCCCAAGACGGAGACGCUCAACAACGGAGGCAGUGAGCGCAGGAGAGGCGGGAAACCACCCAAGCGGAAGCCCGCUGGGGACGAGAUGGUAGAUUUGUUGCCCGGCGCAGCUGUGAUGAACGGUGGGGAUGUGCCGCUGCGACGGUGUCGUGGGCGGCCUCCCAAGCCUAAAGGGGGCUGUGUGGUGGGCCCCGGUGGAGCGGGGUCGGAAGGGGAGGAGGGUUUGGGGUUGGAGACGGGAUCUACGGUGGUUAAAAUGUCCAGGGUUGGAGGGAGAUGGGUUGUGAAUUGAUGAAAUCGCCUCUCUAGUUGAACGGUUUUGGCUCGGAUAGCAAUUAUGUUAUUAUAGGAUUGCGUUUGGGAGGGGUAUUUUGGACACUUCAAUCACGUUGUUUUCUUUCGUUGAUGUAUAUAGGCUAAAACAGAAUCAGGACUUUGAUGGGGACAUUUUCUCACCUUUAUCAAGUCACUAUUUGAAUACAUGGAAUCCACGGUUUUUUGUUUUUAAAUAUGAAAAAUGUGAUGAUUAUUUAUUGUUAA